AGCCGGUCUGUGCUCAGGUGGAAUGUCAAAGUGUGUGUAUGUUUAUUUGUCUCUGUGUGUGUUGAUAUAUCAGUCGCGCUUUGGAGAAUUGGAGAAACAUGCUGAGUCUGAUCAAACUACAGCGAGUCUUCAAUGUCCACCAGGUUCCCAAAGCGUUUCAUGAGGACGGGAUCAUCUCUGGGUAUCGACACCCUCGCAGUUCAGCCACAGAGUGUGUGUGGAGUCUCUUUCAACUCACCAAUGAAACCCUCAACGUUUGGACGCACUUUCUACCAACCUGGUAUUUUCUCUGGAAGUUGAUGACAGUGUUGUUGAUGGAGGAUGUGUGGUAUGAAGCGUACACAUGGCCCUUGCUGGUCUUCUUGUUUUCGUGUUGUGUUUAUCCACUGGCCUCCAGCUGUGCUCACACUUUCAGCAGCAUGUCCACUAGUGCUCGGCAUAUCUGCUACUUCUUUGAUUAUGGAGCGCUCAGCUUUUACAGCCUUGGUUCAGCCAUCAGCUACUCUGCAUAUGUUUUUCCUGAUGCAUGGCUGAGCAGCAGCUUUCAUGCAUAUUACAUUCCUGUGGCUGUAUUCAACACUAUCCUGUCCACUAGCCUGGCAUGCUACUCCAGGCUUGGCUUACCAUUCCUUCACUAUAGUCAUGACAUCGUUGAAAGAUUCUCUGAGAGACAGUGCCCGAGGAUGAGUAAGGUGUUGCGAAUUCUUGCCUUUGCCUACCCGUACCUGUUUGACAACAUUCCCCUCUUCUACAGGUUGUUUGUGUGUGUGGGCGAAGGUUGUACGGAUAACGAAGCAAACUCUGUUCAUGUUCAACAUACACUGCUUGCAUUCCUCACCAGCUUCUUAUUUGCAACCCACUUACCUGAGAGACUGGCACCCGGACGCUUUGACUACAUUGGUCAUAGCCAUCAGCUGUUCCACGUUUGUGCAAUAAUUGGCACACACUUCCAGAUGAAGGCCAUAGAAAUGGACAUGGGUCUGAGACGGUCUCAGCUGCUGGCCAGUGCUCCUGCCAUCAGCUUUAACAACACAAUAGGAGCAGCACUGCUUUGUGUCUCUGUCAGUCUGGGGAUCAUAUGUGUCUACAGUCUACCUCUGCUGUAUGGUUCAAACCCCAAAAACACAGCCCACAAAGAGUGAAGGAAAAACAUUCAAGAACUAACAACCUCUGGAACAAGGGUUUCUCUCACAGAUUGACUGCAGUCUUGCACAAGUUACCAAAGUUAUUAUGGAAAUUAAUCUAGGACACUCUUACUAGAUAUUGCGUUAUAUCUAAAAAAAAAAAAUAAAAUCCCUAAGACGGGUUUGUACGUUUACUGAAUCUAUGCAACCUGAGAUUGCAAAGAGUAAUGAAUGCAAUAUUGCAUGAAUUCUACCUCUUAGGAAAGAAAAGGCACUGAAUCUUAGAACAAUGCAAUUAUUCAGGACGUCAAUGUUUUAUCAUGAACAGAAAUGCUUGUGGAAUUAACCGUUACAGAAUCAAACUUCAACAGGCAAAUGUAGAAAGAGAAUAUAAACAACUUGAUUUGUCAAUUAUCAAAAACAUACUGUAUUGAGCUUGAGCUGAAUACAUUGUAAAAACUGAUUUACUUUACUUGAAACAAAAUGAGUGAACCCAUUGCCUUAUAAAGCGACAAGUUGAAUUUACUUAAAGUGAGUAAACCCACUGUAACUUGAAACAGUUGCAUUGACUUAAUUUAGUGACUUAAUUUACUUAAUAAUUUUAAGGCAAUUGCUUUACUCACUUUUCUUAAGGAAAGUCAACUAAUGUCUUUUUACGGUGUCAUUUAUUUAAGUAAAUGAAUUUAUAUAUGAAGGAGAGGAUCAGAUGUGGUGAAUCAAAUUUUCCUAUACACUACCGGUCAAAAGUUGGGGUCAGAUUUUUUUUAAGAAAAUUAUUUUGUUCAUGAAGGCUUAUUUAUUACAUUUUUAAAUAACUGCUUUCUUAUUGUGUGUAGUUUGAAAUGAAAUUAUUACUCCAGUCAUCAUUGUUUUUAUUACUAUUACCAUUAAUAACAACAACAACAACAACAACAAUAAUAAUAAUAAUAAUAAUAAUUAUAAUAAUAAUAAUAAUAAUAAUAAUAAUAAUAAUAAUAAUAAUAAUAAUUAUAAUUAUAAUAAUUAUAAUUAAUAUUAGAGUGAAUUUCUGAAGAAUCAUGUAACUCUGAAGACUGGAGUAAUAAAAAUUCAUAAUUAAAAUCACUGGAAUAAAUUAUUAAAUUAAAUGAUAAACUACUUUUGAACAGUUGUUUUAUAGUGCUGUAAUAUUUCACGAUUUCUACUCUAUUUGUGAUUAAAUAAAUGCAGUCUUGGUGAGCAAGAGAAGCUUAUUUUAAAACAUUCAAAAAUCCAACUGACCCCAGACUUUUGAUCGGUAUGUGUGUUUGAGAAAACCUUCAGAGAAAACUAGUUUCACUAACAAUUAAAAAUUCAGGACUUAACACUGUUGUUUAUGCAACAUUUGAUGUUGAAGAUUAACAUCUACGUAUAUUUUUAAGUUGCUUUUAAUGACAUUUUAGGGUGCAAAUUAUUUAAGAUAAUAAUUCUUCUAUGAAUCUAUGAAGUAACAGAAAAAACACUGAAACUCAUUACUGUACAUGAACAACCAAGGCAGAACAUAAUUUCAAACUGCUAAAAAUGUCUUAAAAAUGUCUAUAAAAUUGACUUUGUUCAAGAUUUUAACAUCAUAAUGUGCCAAAGCAUAGAUUACACUAUUUUUAUUGUAAUAAUUUUAUGGUUAUUAAAACAGCAAUAUUGUUUGGUUAUGUACAGUCAAACACACCUUUAUACUUACUGACCUUAAACAAAGGAACAAGCACUAGUUAGAAAAUGUAUAAUCUAUGUGUGGGUCUGUCAAAACAUCCACUCUGGAAGCCUUGAUUUAUCUUGCUUCUUUCUUUUCUGUAUAACUGCACAAUAUUCUUUACUGUAACUCUGGGAGGUACUGUAUAUUUUCAUGACACCUGGUCACACCUCAGUCAUGCAACCAAACUGAAACUAUUUAUUGUUUCUUGUAUUCUUUAUAAUUAAAUAUUUAUUUCUAAACAA